CCUCCCAAGAGGCAGCCUCGGCAGGAGCAACAACAAGCGCUAAACAAGAGGCGUCACCGGCUCUCCGUGACUCACGGCGCUAGUUCUCAGCCCACCCACCGGCUUUGCCCCUUCGUUGCUGACCCUAUUGAUGGAAGCCGCUGUCAAAACCCCCCAGCUUGGGGAGGACACCCAGCCCCGCGUAUGGACUUCCAGGAGGGGCUACGACCUGCUCCGCCACCCGCAGUUCAACAAGGGCCUAGCUUUCACAUUGGAAGAAAGACAACAGUUGAAUAUUCAUGGAUUACUACCUCCUUGUUUUCUCAGUCAAGAUGUUCAGGUGUUGCGGGUUCUUAGAAACUUUGAAAGACAAGCAUCUGACUUGGACAGAUACAUUCUGUUAAUGGGUCUUCAGGAUCGAAAUGAAAAACUUUUCUAUAAAGUGCUGACUUCUGACAUUGAAACAUUUAUGCCUAUUGUUUACACUCCCACUGUGGGCCUGGCAUGCCAACAAUAUGGUAUAGCAUUUCGGAGGCCAAGGGGACUUUUCAUUACUCCCCAUGAUCGAGGACAUGUUGCAACGUUGCUUAAAUCCUGGCCUGCCCCUGUCAUCAAGGCUAUUGUGGUGACUGAUGGAGAACGUAUUCUUGGCCUUGGGGACCUUGGUUGUUAUGGAAUGGGCAUCCCAGUGGGUAAACUAGCACUUUACACAGCAUGCGGAGGAAUGAAGCCCCAGGAGUGUCUGCCAGUUAUGCUUGAUGUGGGAACUGACAAUGAGGUUUUGCUAAAAGAUCCUUUGUAUAUUGGAUUGAGACAUAAACGAAUCAGAGGCCAAACUUACGAUGACCUUCUAGAUGAAUUUAUGCAAGCUGUGACUAACCGGUAUGGCAGAAACUGCCUCAUUCAGUUUGAGGAUUUUGCUAAUACAAAUGCAUUCCGUCUCUUGGAUAAGUACCGCAACAAAUACUGCACUUUCAAUGAUGACAUUCAGGGAACUGCUUCUGUGGCUGUUGCAGGUCUCCUUGCAGCUCUCCGCAUCACUGGCAGCAAACUUUCAGAUCACAAAAUACUGUUCCAGGGAGCAGGAGAGGCAGCUCUGGGGAUAGCCAAUCUUGCUGUUAUGGCCAUGGAAAAGGAAGGGACAUCAAAAGAAGAAGCCAUCAAAAAGAUAUGGAUGGUAGAUUCCAAAGGAUUAAUAGUAAAGGGUCGUGCUUCACUAACUUCUGAGAAGGAACGAUUUGCCCAGCAACAUGAUGAGAUGAAAAAUCUAGAAGAUAUUGUCAGAAAUCUAAAGCCAACUGCACUUAUAGGAGUUGCUGCCAUUGGUGGAGCAUUUACAAAAAAGAUUCUCAAGGACAUGGCUUCCUUCAAUGAGCGGCCAAUUAUCUUUGCUCUUAGUAACCCAACUGACAAAGCAGAAUGUUCUGCUGAGGACUGCUAUAAUCUAACUGAGGGCCGCGCCAUUUUUGCAAGUGGAAGCCCUUUUAAUCCUGUCACUCUUCCAGAUGGGCGCAAGUUUUUUCCUGGACAGGGUAACAAUGUCUAUGUGUUCCCAGGAGUUGCACUUGGAGUUAUUUCAUGUGGAUUGAGGCAUAUAAGCGAAGACAUUUUCCUCACUACUGCAGAGGUUAUAGCUCAGCAGGUUUCCGAGGAGCAUUUAGAUGAAGGCCGUUUGUAUCCACCUUUAGCUUUGAUUCAAGAUGUAUCUCUGAAAAUUGCUGUAAAAAUUGCAGAGGAAGCCUACAGCAACAACACAGCCACUUUCUAUCCUGAGCCAGAAGACAAGGAAGCAUUCAUCCGCUCCCAGGUUUACAGCACCGACUAUGAAAGCUUUUUGACAGACUCCUACUCCUGGCCCAAAGAAGCGAUGAAAAUACAGAACAGAAUCUUUUAACAGAAAAUUGCACUGCAACACUCACGUAUUUGCUAAUUGUAUUUGUUAACAAUAGCCCAUUUUUUUUUCAAAACUCAGGAUGGUUUUUUUUCUUUUUAAAAGGCACAGGAUGAUUAAUGUCGUGGUUCUUUCCCUACAAGCUAAUUCUAUAAGCUAUAAUAAUAUAUAUAUAUGUAAAAGUUAAUAUAGGGACAAGUUUGGGGGUAUAUCUUUUUAACAAUCAUGUAGAAAUACACUUUUCAUGUACUUAGAUAUCGGUAUGACAUUUUGGUUCUGUAUUACAUGUUUACCAUUUUCAGAUGAAGCAAUAUUACAUCUGAGUGAUAAAGCAAUACAGCAUCACGAUAAUUCAAAAUGUGACUUAACUAUUCCUUUGAAUAUUUUAACAAGGUAAAGUAUGUAGAAACAGCAUGGUAAAAAGUUAAAUAAAUACAGAUCAGAAAUCCUUUGAUGUCAGGAAAAACGCUCCCAGUCAAGAAAAUGUAGUUUGGGUUUUCUAUGGAGUGUUAACUGAGAAAAUCACUCCAUUUAGUAGUACAAAUGUUCAUCCCAGGCAAGUAAUGAAUAAGAAAGCAAGUAGGGCUGGGAAGGGUUGUAGAAGCUCCCUAAUAAUCAAUAAUAUUCCAAUUUAAGACAACUAGCAGUUUUCCACAAAGCAAUUAAUAUUUUCUGAAUAAAACAGAAAAUACUCUAUUUUUCCAUUAGAAAAAAAUGUAUUUUACUAGAAUAAAGUAUUUCCCUUGACAACACUACUUCACCAUGUUGUUUUUCUCUCUUCUAAAAAAUUAGCAUUCAGUAAAAUAAGCAAAGACCUGCUAGAUCAGACCUAAGGUCCAUCAGGUCCACAAUCCCAUUUCCAAUUGUGGCCCAUAUUAUUUGUCUCCCAGAAACUGGUAUUCAGAGAGACAACUGCCUCUCAACUUGGAUACUGCAUUUAGCAAUCAUAGCUAAUAGUUGUUGACAGACCUGUCCUUCUGAGUCAGUGACUAUUACCUCGUCUUGCAGCAGCAAGCAACAUAAUUACCAGUGUGAUCCUAAGAAGAGUUACUCCAAUCUUUCAACCUUUCCAACCCCAAGUUUUGCUUCAAACUCAGUUAUAAACUUCCAUGCACCAACUAUACCCGCAGUCAAGCUUUUUUCUGCAUGCUCAAGCUUUCUGUCACAUUGCUAUAUUUGUUACUGAGAUAGAUUCAUGAAUGGGUUUAAUUACUAUUAAAUAAAGGAACAUUAAGAUG